GAGGCCCUUUGCACCAUGAGGCCCUGGCUGCUCCCGCUGCUGCUGCUGCUCCUGGCUGGGCCCCCCACCGUGUGGCCUGCACCCCCGACCUGCUACUCCCGGAUGCUGGGCCUGAGCCUGGAGAUCAGCCGGGACUUCCAGAGGCUGCAGGCCAUGGAGCCCUCGGAGCUGUGUGUGACGUACCUGCCCCGGCUGUACCUGGACAUCCACAACUACUGCGUGCUGGCCAAGCUGCGGGACUUCGUGGCCUCGCCCCACUGCUGGCGAGUGGCCCCGGUGGACGCCCUGAAGGAUAAAGUGCGGAAACUCUACACCAUCAUGAACUCCUUCUGCAGGAGGGACCUGGUGUUCCUGUCCGAUGACUGCAGCGCCUUGGACUACCCCAUCCCAGCCACCACGGUCCCGCCCGACCCGCAAGGCUGAGGCGGCCCAGCCCAGAGAGAGCGGGGCUGAAGGCGGUCAGCUGCCCAGGCACUGGGCUGAGCCCCUCCCCUCAGGCUCCCGUUCGCUGUCGCAUCCCAUGCUGUCACGCUGCCACACGCCUCUCCAGCGCUGGAGAGCAGGCUGGUGCCGACCAUGGAACUCCCUCGAGCCCCUUAGCCCCCUGCUCCCCCCACCCGCCGGGCUGGCACGCUGCCGGGCGCACAGCGCAGGUGCACUUGGAAGGCGCGAGCCAGCUUCUCCCGGGGAACAGCCGCGUGAGAACAAGCGAAAUGACGCGCGUGGUCGGUUCUCCUCGGAGGGGUGGCGGCACCGCGUUUCUCUUUCUCCGCGGAAACCUGCUUGCAUUUAACCAAACUGUUUCACACCCGCUCCCGCCACGAGCUCCCCGAGCUGCUUGCAUUGUGAGGAAGCGUUGCCGCCUGUAUGUGUGCUAGCGAGGCCCACAGACGGCAGCCACUCCUCAUUGAAAGGUGACCACACGCAAAUAAAGACGAUCCCUCCAGCGCAACGUGCGUCAGUGGC